CAAACAUGGCUGACACCUGGAUUUGCGGCGGCAGUUUUUAAUUUGCUGUUUUUUUUACUGACAUUCUGUCUCAAAAUCUCUUCGUGCUAUAUUUUAGCAUUGGUUCCAGAGUCACAGUAUUGCUAAAUCUGUUUUAUUCCCACGUAAAAUGUUCCUGGUGUAAUUUAUACCGUCAAAAACACUUGUGUGACAGACAUGUUGAGACUAGUCAAACCGAAAUCAUCAAGAUCAACGGUCUUUCAAAUAUGAUUACAUCUUAAUUAAUUAGACUAACUUUAAUGUAAGAUUUUGGUUUCUACAACACAAAUAACAGACUUAACGGUCAUUAUUGGAAAAAGACCAACAAUGGAAGAGGAAACUACAGUGACAUCUUCGUAUGUGUUUCGUGGUGUGGAAUAUAUUGUUACAAUGAUUGUGCAAGGAGGGAAUACUUUGUCAGUAGAAGUGGAAGAUAGACUAACAGCUGAUCAGUGGAGGGCAACAUUCGAUUCUGCUUAUAUAGAAGAUUUGACACAUAAAACAGGAAAUUUCAAGCAGUUUCAUAUAUUUGUCAGCAUGUUAGAAUCUGCAGUUACACAGUCAAGUGAAAGUGUUUCAUUAGAUUUAUUGACAUAUGCUGAUUUAGAAUCAUUACGACAAAGGAAAACUGGAAGUGUUCCAAAAUCUAAUGUUCCUCAUGGUAAAACAGUGUCUUUGAACUCUAAACGCUACCUCAUUGUAACAUACACUGUUGAAUUUGAUAGAAUACAUUAUCCUUUACCAUUGCCAUAUAUGGGAAAACCAGAUCCCAGAGCCUUACAAGAAGUUAUAAGACAACAAAGGUCAGAAAUAAAAGCUUUCAGACAACAGGGUGGUAGUGGUGAACAUAAACAUGGUCACAGAGAAUUUGAAAAGUUACAAAAAGACUACAAUCUGAUACUUAAAGAGAAAGAAGAGUUAGAGGCUGAAUUUCUUCAUUUCCGAAGAGAAGUAAAAACUACCUCUACAGGAAAUGCUGUCAAAGAGAUUAGAAUACUUAAAGCUCUUACUAAAAGUUUAGAAGAAGACUUAAUGAAGGAAAAAACAAGACACCAAAGAUCAACAACCAAACGUAGUCAAGAAUAUAGAGAUUUACUGGAGGAAGUUGAAGAACUGAGGGCAUCAGAGAGAAACCUUAGAAUAAGAGUGAAAAGUUUAACAAAUGAGUUAGCAGUAUAUAAAAGAGAUAGAAUCAGACCACCACCUCAGAGAUCAUCACGACCUCCAAUAAGGGAAAGGUAUAAUUCAAGGGAAAGAUCAAUAUCAAGGGAGCGGUCAUUAUCUAGAGACAGAUCAUGGUCAAGUGAUCGUUUGUCAGUAAGGAAUUCAUCAUUAAAUAGAGAAAGAAGAUCUUCAAAAGAGAGACCAUCAUCAGCUCCUGAUAGAAGUAGAUUAAGCGACAAGUCAUCUUCUUCAUUUAGGAAUAAUAUACAUAGACCAAGAAGUAGAACUCCAUCACCUUCACCGGCUGGUGCUAGAAAUCCAAGGUUUGAUCCCACAGCAUACAUAAAAGAUCAAGAGAGAAAGAAAAAAGAAAUUAAUUUAAAAAAACAGAGAUCAUCAAGAUCAAAAACCUCAGGGAAUUCUGUCAAGACAAAAGCUUCACCAAGAAGUUAUAUAAAUUAUAGUCAAUUAUCAGGGGGCAGUAGAAAUAGAUCUCGGACAUCAUCAUUAGGCAGUCAAGGUGAAUUCAGUGAUGGUGGAUUCUCUGACUCAUCCUAUUCAAGACUGCGAACAUACAACCGAAAUUCAGUUCGGUCAUCAAACAGGAAUAAUCGAUCAGCAAAUUCAUAUAUGUCAAGCCCAGAUAUUCCACAGAAAACAGUAAGCAGAACAAAGAAUAAUGUAAAAGAUCCAUUGUCAAGUACACCUGACAAUGAUUUCAGAACUAAACGAAAGAGAAGUGUCAAGAACAAAGAAAACUAUGUAGAUAGUGCAGGUGAAGAUAGUGACUACUAUAAUGGAUCUGCUGAGAUUUCUGAAAUUGAUGCUAGACUUAGUAAACUUCAACAACUUAUGAAAAGCAGUAUAGACUGAGUUUGGAAUAUUUAUAUUUUGGUUAUAACAUGUAUAAGUAGAUGCUACUAUAAAAACUUAUUUGUACAUGUACAUGGAUGUUCAUGUCAUACUUGUAGAAUCUUGUCUACUAUAUCUUGGCCAGAUAAUAAAAUCUUCAUCAGUAGUUACUGCUGAUUUUAAUAAAAUAGUAUAAAAGUGUACUAUUUUAUUAAAAUCAGCAGUAACUACUGAUGAAGAUUUUAUUAUCUGGCCAAGAUUUCGCUAUACAAAAGCUUCAAAAAUGCCAAUAUGACUGAAAUUAUUUAUUGGAUGACACCUUAAGAAGUUAUUGCUCUUAAAUGACGAUUUGUGACUAAUUUUUGUGAUUUUGAAUGAUCUCGAAAACUGUAAUUGAUAAGUACAAACUGUGCACUGCAAAAACAACCAUAAUACUAUAUCUACAAAAAUAAGACAACUGAUUAGAAUAAAGGUAGAAUUUAAUAUAAAAAUGAUAUAUCUUUACCUGGUGAGCGCUUCAAGCUCUUAGGAGACCCUUGUUAUCGGAACGCCAUAGGAUAGUUUGGUACCUUUUCCUUUUGGUUUCCCUAUAAAUAUAAUUAUUGCUAGACAAGCAAUGUUAGAUUAUUUAUAUAAAAAAUAUUACUUAUAUAAUACAACUGUGGACCAUUGAUGUUUUGCUAUGUGUGUAGAUAAAAUAUAUUAUUUAUAAACUGUUUUAAUCAUACAAAAUUGCAUUUAACUUGAAUGUAUAGAAAUGAAUAACCUUGAAUGACUAAAAAUUAUCUUAUUUAAA